UAAGUAGAAUCCGCGUGAUAAACUAUAAAAGUAUCAAUCACGUCUGGUCCUAUGCCAAGCACUUGAACUUCAAAGCUACGUAGGUACCUAUCACACAUAGGUACCGUAAAUCUUAAUGAUGAUGAAAAUUAACUCAGUAUUUUCUUAGCCUCAGUGAUAUUCAGACGAAGAAACUGUCUAGAACCAAAUAGUGACAAUAUGAUUUCACAAUAUAAUGUAUUGAUUUUAGUGUCAGCAUUCAUAAUUCAGUCUCAUAAAGCAAACUCCCAAAUACUGGUUUUCGCCCGCGUAGUCGGCGGUACCCCCACGACGAUCUCGCAGUACCCCGUACUGGCCCAACUACUGCUGGACUCCUGGGGCACCAAUAAUUACGUCCAGCAUUGCGCGGGAGUCAUCCUGACGGCCCGCCACGUGAUCUCCACGGCUCACUGCUUUCAGUAUAAUGAGAAUACUGGGUUGAAUUACACUCAGCCAAAAUACUGGAAGAUAAGAGUUGGUUCUUCAUUUAGGUCUAGAGGCGGAAUGUUAUACAACGUUAAAACUAUAGUACCGCAUCGAAACUUCGAUAAAUAUUUCUACACAAGAGACAUAGCAAUAGUGGUAGUAUCGAAACCUUUUCUUAUGGGUCGGAAUGUGAGGCAAGGGACGAUCAUUACCCGGGGCACAGAAUUGAAGCCUAAUUCGAUUUGUACAUUAGUUGGAUGGGGAUCUAAAGAAGUAGACGGCGCCCAACCUGAACAACUUCACCACGCCAUGAUGUACACCAUAGACAAGCAAGUCUGUGCUUCUAGAUACAAAACUAUAUCCGCUAUUAUCGACGACAAGAUGAUGUGCGCUGGCCUUCUUAACAUGGGAGGCGUGGAUGCUUGCUUUGGCGAUUCUGGCGGGCCGUUGAUAUACAAGGGUCUGGUGGUGGGGUUAGUGUCGUAUGGGUACUCCUGUGGACAUAAGUACUACCCUGGUGUCUAUACGAAGGUUUCUAGCUAUACUGAUUGGAUCAUUAAAACUGUGGCGAAGAAUAAAUAAUCUCCGUUGGUUGUUUUUAUCAAUACCUAAUAACGUGCUAUACCGCAAUAUGCUGAAAUAGUUGCCAAUCCUUUUUAUUAUUUUAUCUUGUGGUUUACUAAACACAAGAUUUUUUUAUAUCUCUUUCUGUGGUGUGUGAGAUUUUUUAUGUCUCUUUCUGUCCCA